CAUACAUUCAAUACAAUGAAACAUCUGUCCUAUUCAACAUACAGUAUUCUAUCGCAAACCUCAGUAGAAAUGUCAACGUAAAACAAAUCCAUAGUAAAAAAAAAGAAGUGGUUCGUCGUCGAUAGAGAAAUCAGAAUAGAUAAAUCGGGUGGUGAAAAUGAUUCAGCAUCCGCAAUAAAUGAAUCAUCUGAAGGAUUUGGAACGAAUCUUAAAAUCUAAUUGUAACAUAAUUUGAAAUUCAAUCUAGUGAAUAGAAGCAUUAAGAUGCAUUUUAAGUUAAUUGUGUUGUCAUUAUUUUGCAUUUGUCAAAAUGUAAAUAAGGUGGUCUCGUUUUAUGUACCAGGAGUUGCUCCCGUUGAGUUCGUCAAGGGACAACCGAUUAUGGUAAAAGCGGUCAAAAUGACGAGCACACGAACGCAGCUGCCAUAUGAAUACUAUUCGUUACAUUUUUGUCUACCGAAAAACGGCACAAUCAUUUACAAAUCGGAAAAUUUGGGUGAGGUACUACGUGGCGAUCGUAUUGUAAAUACUCCCUAUGAUCUGCGAAUGGCCGAAAAUAUUAACUGCAAAUUACUAUGCAAUCGAAAAGAUCAGCCACUGAAUUGGAAUCAUGAACAGUCCAGCAAAGUGUCGGAACGUAUUCAACACGAAUACUAUGUGCAUUUAUUGGUUGACAAUUUGCCUGUUGCGACACGUGUCCUCAAUCCCGAGACGAAAGAGCUACAAUUUGAACACGGCUAUCGACUUGGGCAAGUUGUUAAAGACAACACAUACAUCAAUAAUCACUUGAAAUUCAUUCUAUCUUAUCAUAUGCACACAAAAGAUAAAUUUCGAGUGGUUGGUUUCGAGGUAGAACCAAUGUCGGUUUCAAUGAGUGAUAUCAAAUUUGAGGGUGAUACCUGCAACUUCCCAGACACACCAAAGUCACAAAUCGUGGUUCCUGAUGCAAAUAACCAACUUUAUUUCACGUAUUCGGUCGAAUGGAAGGAAAGUGCUGUAAGCUGGGCGUCUCGAUGGGAUACAUACUUGGCAAUGAGCGAUGUACAAAUCCACUGGUUCAGCAUAAUUAACUCGUUGGUCGUUGUGUUUUUCUUGUCGGGCAUUUUGACAAUGAUCAUGAUACGAACGUUACGCAGAGAUAUCGCCCGGUACAACACUGACGACAACUAUGAAGAUACGCUUGAAGAAACGGGAUGGAAAUUAGUACAUGGCGAUGUAUUUCGACCACCAAAACAUCCAAGACUGUUUGCGGCCGUUGUUGGAAGUGGCAUGCAGAUUUUCUUCAUGGCUUUGAUUACAAUAUUUGUUGCCAUGUUGGGUAUGCUAUCGCCAGCCUCACGAGGAGCUCUAAUGACAUCGGCAAUCUUUUUGUAUGUAAUCAUGGGCUUGAUUGCCGGAUACUUUUCCGCUCGAUUAUACAAAACAAUGAAGGGUCGCGAAUGGAAACGCAGCGCAUUUUUGACCGCAACACUUUAUCCAGGCAUUGUUUUUGGAACGUGUUUCUUCUUGAAUUUCUUCAUUUGGGACAAACAUUCAAGUGGUGCUGUUCCAUUUAGCACAAUGAUUUCGUUGCUGUGUUUGUGGUUUGGAAUAUCAGUGCCAUUGGUUUAUUUGGGCUAUUACUUCGGAUACCGUAAACACCCGUAUCAACAUCCAGUGAGGACGAAUAUGAUUCCGCGGCAAGUGCCAAAGCAACAUUGGUAUAUGAAUUUACCUCUAUGUUUGCUGAUGGCUGGUAUCUUACCAUUUGGAGCUGUUUUUAUUGAAUUGUUUUUCGUGUUUACGGCCAUUUGGCAAAAUCAAUUCUACUAUCUCUUUGGAUUCCUUUUCUUGGUAUUUUGCAUUUUGGUUGUGAGCUGCGGACAAAUAAGUAUAGUUAUGACAUACUUCCAAUUAUGUGGAGAGGACUAUCGUUGGUGGUGGCGAAGUUUCAUCAUUUCUGGCGGAUCAUCUGUUUAUAUUUUCCUGUAUAGCAUAUUCUAUUUCUUUACAAAAUUGUCCAUCACGGAAUUCAUACCGACGCUACUGUAUUUGGGCUAUACGGGUCUUAUGGUUCUAACAUUCUGGCUAUUAACUGGAUCGAUUGGAUUCUUUGCCGCAUACAGUUUCAUUCGUAAAAUUUACGGAGCAGUUAAAAUCGAUUAAAUCUAUUUAUACACUUACGUUCAUCCAAAUAGCAAAUAAUCAGCCAGCAAUUGAAGAAAAUUUUCACAUUCGACGUAAAUUUACUUUAUUUAUCAAAAGGAAAUAAAAUUUCGACACACACCCUCACUCUCUCAUUAUUAGCUUAACAGUCUGGUGACUAAAAUUUUCUCUCCGUUCUACAUAAAUGCUGAUCACUUUAGUUUAAGGCAAAAAACUACAUUUAUUUAAGACGUAAUACAAAUUGAUAACGUGUGAUUUAAGAUGGAACAGUAACAACCGAUGAUUGAAAUUAUUGUGACCAAUACGAUACUGAAAUUUCAUUUAACCAUUCGAUUAUAACAUACAGCGCGUACGCGGUCAAAGAGCGCAAAUCUAUGUUUUGUCACUCUCAUAUUUCCAAAACAGCAAAAAGAAAACAAUUUCAAAUAUAUUUGUUAUGUAAGUAAGUUGAAAGAAACGCAAAGCAAAUGGAAUUUUUAAUAAAGAAAUGCGUUGAAAGAAGAAAAAAAAACUGACAAACUA